AUUUAAAAUGAAAGUGUAUUUGAAUAUUUUCAUUCUUUCUACUUUUUAAUUAUAUUUUAUUUAUAUUUAUCAUUGCUUAAUAGUUUUUUCCUAUGUAAAAUUGAAUCAAUGGUGAGAAACAAUAAUCAGUGUUAAAUUAUAUAACCGGACAUUCAGUGAAUACCAAUUGUACAUUUUAUCUAAAUUUGACUGAUCAAGGACUCACACGUGCCGAAUAAUAAAUCCUGCAAGGAUCGAUAGCUGUGGUAUGGGAAGGAAAUCAGUGGACAUUUACUGUUCUCCAGAAUCCUAGGCGUUCGCAAAUCUUCUAGAGUUCAGUAAACUCCUGGUCACGGUGACGUGACUGUGAGCGCCGCAUAAAGGGGCUUAAUGGAGAAAUGACUUAUUUCCAGCCGUAACCCGAACACCGUUCCGAGCAUAGGUAGGUCACAUCAUUGUACAGAGUCCCAACGCGCCACGGUUUCAUUGCGUCGCGUACCAUAUUGCGCAACAUCGGUCGGUAUCUAUUAACUUCAGAUCUGGUAUCGUGAAAGUAAAGCGCCGCUCACAGUCGUCUAAUAGAAGAUCCAGACGUUUACGGGGUGACGGAUAGCGGGCGCACGUGACUGGUCACGUGGAUAGAACAUCAGAGAAAUCGAGGAACGCUGAUCGUGGUGAUUCUACGACUGUUUUCCUUCGUUUAAACCCAGAUAGAGAAUUCGACGCGUGACUUACGAUACAUCAAAGGAGAUUAAGAGAAAUUUCUCCUUGAUCCAUCGUCCGCAAAUCAGCCGUUGUGAUUCAUACAAUGAUUGUCUAAGGUGCAGGUGUGUUUGCGGGAAGUGGAAGAUUUGCGGUUUGAAGAUCAAAGAGGUGUAAUUUCUCUGCCCGUCGCAAGGGGAAACCUUAAUAUGAGCUGACACGACCGUUCAGUUGGAGACAGCAUAGGUAUCUUUGACGAGGUCACGAAGAAAAUCUUAUCACGCUUCAUCGUAACUUCAUAGCCGCCGGAAGUGGUAAGAAGAGGAAGAAUCGCAGGAUGCCUGGCGAGGUGCGCGCGCAACCCUUAGACCCAACUAUGUACGGUGGUAGCAUAAUGCAGCCCGACGAGGAGAUUCAGUACGCGCCAAGGAGUCGUCCUGUUAGCUUUUACGAUAAUUUUAAGGACGUGCCAAUGGUGGCACCUUGCGUGACUUCCGCUCUAAGCGCCGACAAUUUGAAUCAGGUUCGUGACAACGGUAUUAGCUCGUCGAUGGCCACGGCCAAUAACAACAAUAACAACAAUCGAGUGAGUAGCGCAGUCAGUGCUGGUAACGUGUCGAAGAUCCAGAACGCCAAGGUCACCGGUGCAGUAUCGACAGGGAAUAUUGGGAAAAUCUAUCGGUUAGAAAAGGAAAAAGAGUUGGGUCGCGCCCCGUCAAUGGCCAAUUGUUUGUCAACCACGGUUCCCGUUAACCUGGCAGCCGCUCAAAUUGCUGGUCGGCACACGCCCACGAGGAAUUCCCUCAGGCACAGCAGAAUGAUCGUAUUGCAUCGCAGUGGUCAUCGACCUCAAAAAUUCCUACCGCCGUUGGUUUAUCACUGGCGGUUAGGACGGUGUUUAGCAGUGUUGCAAGUGAUUCUCGGUAUCGCGAUAACUUCGUUGUCAUUAUGGUUAUUACUUUGGGCACCUCAUCUACCUGUGACGGAUAAUCCCUAUUGGAGUGGAAUGCCGUUGUUACUUUCUGGUAGCUUCGGUAUUUGCUUGCUGUGCUGUUUCAAAAAGGAAUACCCUGUCAUGAGUCCUGGAUUGUGUCUCACUUUGAUCAAGAUAAUCAGCGUGCUACUGGCAACUCUAGCAACAGUGACCUGUUCCAUCGCGUGUGUAUUCUCUGCGAUACACCUGGCGCGUUUAAUGGGCCUGGAAUGCAACCCAGCGCGGGUAUUAAACGCUACCUGCGUGUGCAGGCCUCGUGGGAAUACGUCGAACUUCACCGAAUCGGCAGUUAGAUACAUGGAUUUGAAUUGUCCCGAAGUAGAGAGUAUUUUGAUCAUUCUUCUCAUCUUUUCCACCACUUGCAAUGCCCUUGGAGCCCUAGUAUCGGGCUGGUAUACCUACCUACAUUGGAGUACCAGACACAAAAGGCCAAAAUACAUGCAAGUGAGAACCACUCCGAUCAGUGGGAACAACUUCCUCAGCAGCAGGCCAAUAUACAAUCCAAAUUUGAACGAACGAUGACAGUCUUCACAUGAUACUGACGAAGAAACAUCGUAUCUUCGUUAUUCAUCAUUAACGAUGGAUGAUGGAGUAUUCUAAAGGUGUUUCGAAGUUAGCAAUGACAGUUUCUCCCGGAAAUUUAGCAGUGAAUGUUACAUAAACAACACUAACGGUGAUUUUACUUAAAAAAACUCGUUGGAAGAGUUCUUUUUAUAUAUGUGUUUUAAUACGACAACGGACUAAUAACGAAAUACUUCUGUUUAUAUUGAGGAUACAUACCAAAAGUAACACGUUGAAAUACGUGUGAGCUAGUCUUGGAUAAUAAAAUAGAUCUACAAGUGGUUCUUAAGCGAAAGUUUGUAAUACAGUAUGUAUAAACUUAGGGAACAUUAGAAUAAGUGGUAAGAAAUUAUAUUUAUAAUUGAUUAAAGUGGUAUUUAAUAGAUAAAAGUCAAGAAGACUAGGAUAAUGAUCGCGUAAUUGAAUCUACUAAUUAUUUAAAAACCUUCUUAAUGUGUUCUUAAUAUUUAUUACACCAUAACUAAGGAGUACAUUGCUAAGUAGAUAGUAAUUGGUAUGUUUUUAAAAAGGAUGAACGUAAUUUGUUGUUAACAUGUCAAGUCAUGUAAUGCAACUUUUGAUAAUUCAUCGAUAAUGUAGAAAAACUUCAUAGGUUAUAAUAUCUGAACUAAAACACAUUCUCUUUUACUAAAGAAUAACAUACUUGAGUAGUCUCAUAUUAUUAUUAUAAGGUUAAUUAAAAGGAAACAAGUUCUUUUCGAUGGUAGAAACGUAUUCAGAAAGAAAUCGAGUCAGAACUUGAUUCCUGCAAAGUAAUUUUCACGAUUAAUUUACGCGUGGAUCGUCAGUAUUUUAGGUGUAUUAUAGUAAAGAAAGCAAGUGAAUGUAUCGCGCGCGCGCGUGUUUGUGUGUGUGUGUGCGUUCGUUCAUUCGUACGUAUACCGUGUUUGUAAUGUGAGCAAGAAGUAAAUUAGGAGCAUGAGUGAAACGCUUUUUAAUUUCUAUACUUGUAUAUCAUCGAUUUUAUACCUCAUCGCUAUUCCUGUCUUUAAGGAAUGAAUUUUAAAACUGCAUCUAUAAAUUAUGUCAUAACGUAUGCACAUUGGUAGAAAAUCAAUUUAUCAAAUUUUAAUAGAAACGGAUGAAUAAAUCAGUUCAGUAACAAAACAU